UAAAAUAGUAAACGGUUUGUAUAUCAUACAUACAAGUGAACUGAAUAGACUACUGAUUACCAUUAUUGCGACUUUUGGCGCUGCACGGUUUUGUGCAGUGCUUUUGUAGUCAUUUAGCAUACAUUUUCCCAGCGAUGUAAUUUGAUUUAUAAAACGAGACAAACCGCAGAUCCAGAUCGCUCCACAAAUAAGCUCGUCUGUCCCAUAUCUGGUCCUGUGGGUCUCAGUAUCAGACGAUGAUCACAGUUCACACCUACAGUGAAGCCCCGCCCACAACAAUUCACCUAUAAAUACUGGAGAAUAUUCACAUCAUCCUACAAGAGAAGAACAAACUCCAGGUGCAGCAGCUGAAAUCUGUCUGACUGUUAAAGAUGGAGUUUAUUAAAGAGGAGAUUGAAGACAUGAGUGAUCCAGAACCAUCCAGAAUAAAACAUGAAGAUACUGAGGAACAAACAGACUGGAUUGAAGUAAAACAGCAAAGAGUGAAGCUGAAUGAAGUUGAACAGGAACACUGUAAAAUAAAAAAAUCAAGAAAAACAGCCAAACAGCUGCACACCUGCUCUCAGUGUGGAAAGAGUUUCAGAAACAAUGGAAACCUUAAUGUGCACAUGAGAGUCCACACUGGAGAGAAACCGUACAGAUGCCCUCAGUGUGGAAAGAGUUUUGCUGCAGCAGCAAGUCUCAGUUAUCAUCUGCAUGUUCACUCUGGAGAAAAACCAUUUAACUGUGAUCAGUGUGGUAAAAAGUUUAUAUCAUCAUCACAUCAAAAAAGUCACCUGAAAGUUCAUUCAGGUGAGAAGCCUCAUACCUGCUCACAGUGUGGAAAGACUUUCAGAGACAAAGAAAACCUUAAAGGACACAUGAGAAUCCACACUGGAGAGAAACCGUACACAUGCCCUCAGUGUGGAAAGAGUUUUACUGAUGCAUCAAAUCUCCGUAAACAUCUGCACAUUCACUCUGGAGAAAAACCUUUUAGCUGUGAUCAGUGUGGUAAAAAGUUUAUUUCACCAUCACAUCUAAAAAAUCACAUGACAGUUCAUUCAGAUGAGAAGCCUCAUGUGUGUUCUUACUGCGGAAAGAGUUUUUCAAGGCUGGGCAGUUAUAAACAGCACCAGAAAAUACAUAAUGAAGUGAAAGAUAAUGUGUGUUGUGAGUGUGGGAAGAGCUUUACUAGAGCUUGUAAUCUAAAACGACACCAAAGGAUACAUACUGGGGAAAAACCUUACAAGUGCUCAUAUUGUAACAAGAGUUUCAUUUGGUCUGAACGGCUGAAAGUUCAUGAGCGAGUUCAUACUGGAGAGAAGCCGUAUCACUGUACUCAGUGUGGAAAGAGUUUCACUCAAUCAGCACAUCUAGGGACCCAUAUUAAAAAGCAUUGUUCUGUGUUACAGUGA